GGCAGCUGCUACCAUUAAAAAGUGAUAUUCUACAAUGUUGAUAAAUGUCAAACAGGUUUUUUUUGUAAAAAAUAAUCCUAAAUUUUAACAAAAUUAGUGCAGUAUGAACAAAAUAAGAUUCAAUAACACGGUGGAUUAAUUCCACAUACAAAGUGAUUUGAAAAUACGGUGCAGGAGUGAAUAAAGCAAGUGUUUACAGAGUUGAUGAAAGGCGAAAAAUAAUAUGGAGGAAUUCACAAAAGCAACUUUUCUACAUAAAGAAGUACCAAUACGUCAAAUAUGGGUAUUAUUGAUUCCUACAUUGAAAAUUUGUACGAGUUUAUCGCAGUUGGAAUGGAUUGCCUGCAAUUCUCGAGAUCGACAACGGGAACCUAAGUUCAUGUAAAUAACAGUCCGUCUCUGGUAUGAAACAAUUGUUGACGAAAUGAAUCAAAAAAGCGGUAACAUUCCUUCCGCUUCACGAAAUCCAGCAUAUAAUGCCGCAGCACUAGAGAAAAUAAAAAAUGACCUGAAAUCAUACGAAGCAGGGCAUGGAAUUCCUCAGAAUUCCGCUGCAUCUAAGUUAAUACGUAAAACAAGUAUCGAAAGAGAAAUACCACAGUCAUCGCUACAUCUGCCAAGAAAUAGUCCUGCACUAGAUUCCGGAGCGGGCAGUUCGCGAUCGAACAGUCCGCACUCACAACAGUUAGGGUCAGGAAGGGCUCAAUUUUCGCCCUCGCCAUCUAAUUUCAGCGAGGUACCCCCUUUACCGCCACCACGAUGUCCAUCUACUCCCUCUACACCCCCUCCCGUUCAGCAGUUUCUAAAACGCAUAUCUCCCGCAUCGAUGGCCACAUCGCGCAAUGGCCAAUUUCAGUCUCAAAGCCCCGCCCGAGGAACAUCACCAAUAUCAAGCAACAGCAAUCUAAGGCAGCCCAUAAUUGUGCAAAACGGGCCACAGGCUCAACAGCAAUUGAAUCAACAGAUGUCAGCCUUCUAUACUAACAAUUCAGCGGAACCUCCCCCUCCCUAUCCGAUAUCCCCUAUUAGUCAAGUAGCGCCACCUAGCUAUAUGGCAUCGAUGCAAUGUCGACAAAGUCCUACACAAUCAUCGCAAGAUUUUCGUAAAAGCCCAAGCUCGGGAAUCUACUCAAGUGCCUCGGCGAGUUCGCCCUCGCCAAUUACUGUUUCGCAAAAUGCUAUCCCUAAACCAAUUGCCUUACCACCAGCCAGAGGUUCUCGCCAAACCAAUACACAACAUCCUAUAAUUAUGCAUUCGGUUAAAUCAACGCAAGUUCAAAAACCUGUUCUACAAACAGCUGUGGCACCUUCGGCUCCAAACACAGGAACCACGUGUACAACACUGAUUCAGUCAAAUCUAAGUCCUGCUCCACCGCCACCGUCGUACGCCACUUCGUUAGAACAGAAGAAGUUUAGCAGCAAGAAGACAGGCAAUGUUUUACCCACUCAGCCCCACAUUGUUGGAGGAAAGAGUGUUCAAUUCCCUGUCGCAACAAGCCCCAUGGGAGGAACUGGCAGUGUUGACCCACCUUCAUACGAUACAACUAUGAUUUUAAAACAGAAACAACCCCAAACGAGAAAUUCGCAACCACCUCCUCCAUAUUCCGAGGGUAGCAAUGCCUUCAUCGCUAGCAAUAAUAACGAUGAUAAUAAUUUACAUGACCUGAAUGCCGGUAAUGCUGUAAAUAGUAAUAGUAGUAAUAAUCUCAAUAUUAUAAAUCAUGCUAAUAAUAAUAGUCAAUGUCUUAGCAAUUUAAUAAACAAUAAUAUUAAUAAUAAAAACAAUCAUAAUAAUAGUAAUAAUACUGAUAAUAAUAUGAAUAACAAUAACAACACUGGUGAUAAAGUUGAAUGUGAUGGAAAAACGAUGAGUGACAACCUGAAUUAUGGUAUUUCGUCUAGUUCAAAAAUGUACGAAACGAGUAUAAAAAGUAUCGUGAAUAACAAUGGUGGUAAAAAUAUCAAUCUUCCACCGAACGGUGCAUCAGCCGGUCGUGUCAACAACCAGCUGCAGCAUUUAGAUGCUUGCAAUAGCAAUAAAAACGACCACAAGCAGCAUGGCUAUCGGUCUAAUGCCACCAAAACCAACUGUUUACAGACGGGACCUGGCGUGGAUGAACACGAGUCAAAGUCUUCCUUGAACAAGGUUCAACCACAGCAAGGGGAACCAUCGAAAAAAAUCAAGCAUCAAUCGCCGAUUCCGGAACGGAAACACAUUUCCAAAGAAAAGGAAGCAGAACGCUUUGAGUGUAAAGUACGUCACUAUUCGCCCCAGGCAUACAAGUUCUUCAUGGAACAGCAUAUUGAGAAUGUUCUGAAGUCAUACACUCAACGAAACUUCCGCAUCAAACAGCUAGAAAGCGAAAUGUCCAAGUUGGACCUUCCGGAAGAAACGAAAAUCGAGAUGCGGAAGCUUCUCUGCCAAAAGGAGAGCAAUUACAUUCGCCUGAAGCGUGCCAAAAUGGACAAGUCAAUGUUUGCCCUCAUCAAAACCAUCGGAGUCGGCGCAUUCGGAGAGGUAACUCUGGUGCGGAAAAUCGAUGCACCCAAUCACCUGUAUGCGAUGAAAACCUUGCGCAAAUCGGACGUACUGAAACGCAAUCAGGUGGCACAUGUUAAGGCCGAGCGAGAUAUUCUAGCUGAAGCAGACAACGAAUGGGUCGUUAAGCUGUACUAUAGUUUCCAGGACAAAGACAACCUGUACUUUGUUAUGGAUUAUAUACCAGGUGGUGAUCUGAUGUCACUUUUAAUCAAGAAAGGGAUAUUUGAAGAAGAUUUAGCUAGAUUCUAUAUUGCCGAGCUAACGUGCGCUAUCGAAAGCGUCCAUAAGAUGGGAUUCAUCCAUAGGGACAUCAAACCAGAUAACGUACUGAUUGACAAGAAGGGUCACAUCAAAUUAACCGACUUCGGACUCUGUACGGGGUUUCGUUGGACGCAUGAUUCCAAGUACUAUCAAAAGAAUGGUGAUCAUGCGAGGCAAGAUUCAAUGGAAGCAUGGAGUAAAGCUGGUUCGGAAAUCCCACCCCCAUUGGAAAGGCGAAAAUUUAGGGAGAAAAAUCGUGCGAAAGCGCAUUCUAUUGUCGGUACGCCUAAUUAUAUAGCUCCCGAAGUACUGCUGAGGAGUGGUUAUACUCAGCUUUGUGAUUGGUGGAGUGUCGGUGUGAUAUUAUACGAAAUGCUGGUGGGUCAACCUCCGUUUCUGGCGAGUACGGCAGAAGAAACCCAGAUCAAGGUGAUAAACUGGCGACAAACCCUGAAAAUUCCUCCGGAAGCAAAGCUUUCUUCAGAGUCUCAAGAUAUUAUCCUUCGGCUGUGCAAGAAUGAAGACGAACGCAUGGGUAGAGAUGUGGGCAAAAUCAAAUCACAUCCAUUCUUCCGGACCAUCGACUUCACGAAGGAUUUGCGGAAUCAACCAGCACCGUAUGAACCAAAAAUCAAAUAUGCUACUGACACAUCAAACUUUGAUCCAAUAGAUCCGGCAAAGCUGCAUGACUCGUCCUGCGAAGAAAGCGGCCAAAGCUUUGACGAGCUGUUCGAUAGCAGUAAACCGUUUCACCAUGGAUUUUUCGAAUUCACUUUUCGGCGAUUUUUCGACGACGAAGGCGAUCAUAAAAUAUCUCUUGACGCCAGUGACAAUCAGACCGAAGCUAUAUAUGUGUGAAAUGCGGAGAGUUUUACUAACAGCUAUAUAUAUGAACAUUAUGUUAAUACUCUUAAAAUAUUAGCAAUUAUAUUUAAAAUACGAUAUGUAAAAAUAA